GUCUAAUUAAAAGGAAAACGAAAUUACAACAACAAAAAAGCAAAAAUGUCUGCAGCUAUUGUACAAAAGAGUAAUACCACAACAACAAAGUCCUCAUCGAACACCGCCAUUUAUUUCGAUUGUGGCGACAUAUUUACAACGAACAAAAGCAUCGAUAAACCACUACAGAAUCAUCAUUUAUCCAAUGGACACAUAAAUGGCGGCAGCUCAAUAACCGAACUCAACAUCAUGGAUAUUACCUGUUCGAAUAACUCUUCCAUGGAUCACAUGGACCAAAUGGAUCAAUUGCAAUUACAACAUAAUACCACCAAUACAAUUCCCACCGCUAGCCAAACGAAUGCACAAACAAAGGCGCUCAAUCAUCCGACAUAUCGUUUGCAUGCAGCCUUGACGCGUACCAUAUCUACGCCACAGCCGCAAAUUAAGCCAACAGCAGCAGCAUCAGCACAUCAUCUAAAUCAAAUGCAACAACAGCAGCAACAACAACUACAACAGUCACAACAGGAUCCAAAUGUAGCCGCAUUAGUAAAUACUCUCAUUGAGACAAUGGGCAAUGUUAAUUUGCAUCGGAAAUUGGAAAGAACACAAUCGGAACCAUUGCCACAACAACAAGUGAAUGCAUCAAGGUACAAAACUGAACUUUGUCGCCCCUUUGAAGAAGCAGGCGAAUGCAAGUAUGGUGAAAAGUGCCAAUUUGCCCAUGGCUAUCAUGAACUUCGCAACUUGCAAAGACAUCCCAAAUACAAAACGGAAUAUUGUCGUACUUUCCACAGUGUUGGCUUUUGUCCAUAUGGACCACGCUGUCACUUUGUACACAAUGCUGAUGAAGCCCGUGCCCUGCAACAGCAGCAGCAACAACAACAACAACAGCAGCAGCAACAAUUUCAACAACAAACUAAACUACAAAAUCAUUCCAAUUAUUUGAGCAAUUAUCCGUUGAGUGGCAAAUCUAGUCUCAAUGGAACUGGAGGCAAUAUCAAUCAUUCCCUACCACUGAGUCCACCCUUGAGUAUGUCGACUGGAUCUGAUCGCGAAUCACCUACUGGAUCAUUGUCUCUGUCGCCCACAAGUUCCAUGACAAAUUUUCCAUUUGGUGAACAGAUUAGUCCAUCUAAUUCCGUCUUCCAAACGGCCUUCAGUUAUGUAAAUACACCACCCGAGAGUCCCAAUGCACCCAUGUCUCCAGUGAAUACACCACCACCCACCCUAAUGCUGGGUCAGGCUCCCAUUUACAUUAAACCCUUGGUGGCCAAUAACAAUGGUGGUGGACAACCGGCAGCACCCUGCAAGCAGUUGUUGCAGAAGAGCUCCAGUUCUCCCAUAGCAAUUAUUAGGAAUGUUGGCGGUGGUGCCAGUAAAACUCCAACCAAAGUUAACUCUGUGUCAUCGUUGAAUGGUGCUGUGGCAGCCGAUGAGGCACGUUUACCUGUGUUCAAUCGCAUUAGCUCUGUAGCAGAUACAUUCUCCCAUAUAGCUUUAUAAAUUCUUCUU